GCAACGUGUGAUGAAAACAAACAUGAGGUCUUUCAGCGCCGCGGCGCUGGUGUUAACCGCUCUUUUAUCAGAAUCUCUAAGCGCCCAAUCAGAACGCUCCAGGCAGCGCUCCGGACCAAUCAGGAGCGUGCCCGUAGCAGCCGACAUUAAACGAGAUGUCAACUUCGAUUGCCCGGAAGAAUUCGGCUACUAUCCCCACCCCACCGACUGCACUUUGUAUUAUGUCUGCGUGUUUGGCGGCGCACUACUCGAGUCAUGCACUGGUGGCCUUAUGUACAGCCACGAGCUCCAAACAUGUGAUUGGCCGCGCAAUGUAGGCUGUGAUGGCGCCAGUGCAGCAGCAACAGGCGAAGAAGAGCUGGAGCGACUUAUCGAGCGGGAUCCUCCCCCUCCGCCUCCACCUCCACCUCGUAGAACCCCGCCGCCGUCGCCGCCGCCACCACCGCCAAGAGCGCAACCCAAUCCCGUCGUCACUUCUAGAGGGCAACCCAAGUUCAAUCGUCAGGAGUACGAAAAGCAACAACAAUUGUACGCUGAAGUGGAUGACUUACCGCCAGUCGAAGAGAUAGAAAAUGAUAGACAACAACGUGUCUACCGAGGACAGCCUUCAACGAUCGGACAGGUUCAAAAAGACAGAGAUGGUUACGGUUCACAGGUUGUCAGCUCAAGAACUCUAAACUCCAACAUCAUCCCUGCUUCUAUAUCACAAAACAGUGCGAAGGUUGGAUCCUUCUCGUUCGGGACACAAGUCGAUGAACGACGAGCUGCCACUGCUACACCAAUACCUCAAACUUACAGUGAAGACAAAAGUGACAACGUGACUGACUCUUCACAUGACAGACAAUCAGACAUCGAAACGAAUAAUAUCAAUAUACAUGACAUAUCUGAUAAAUAUAAAUCACGAAAGAAAAGGGAGGUAUUAGAAAGUGUAGGGUUAAGUAACGACAGUGCAAAUGGUACAGAGAAAAUUACGAACAGAAAUGACGGCGUCAUGGAGUAUGAAGAAGUCAAGCCAUUAGAAGACGAAGAUUUUGUGGACCAAGAAGAUGUUGAAAGAGGAAAAAGACAAAUCAGAUACUAUACCCCUAAAGGUUAUAAGAAUCCUUCAAAAAAUUCGGGAAAACCUAUUCGAUUCGUGGACUUUCAACAGUUUAAUUACAACCCUAACAUUCAGGGUUCUAAAUAUCAACCUCAAUACAACGGUCUAAGUAAUACUAACGGUUUAAGUAAUUAUCAUGAUGGCACUCGCAAACCAUAUUCUUCUGAAAAUAAUUUUUAUUCUACAGCAAAUCCAUUCGUACAAUAUCAACAGGACAGUAAUCAAUCACAAAAACCUUUCAAGGCAAGCCUACCUGAUCCUUUCAGUCAAAGGUUGCCGCACGCACCUAUGAACGUAGCUACUCAAAUUAUAACAAAAUCUCCACCAAUAUCUUCUUUACAGAACAAGGAGAACUUGUUUUCAUCACUAGCUGGAGGAUUUUUUAAUAAUGUAAAAAAUGUAGGCAAUAAUCAGGACAAUCAGAAUAACAAUCAGUAUUCACAAUUUGUUUCGUCUACUAGUAAUCCAAAUAAUCAAGUUUCAUUGAAAGAUUCGUCAUUGCUUCCAAGUACAAUUGUUACUGACAAGCCUGUAAAGACGCACACUACUUCGCGUGUAAGAUCUAAAUAUAGAAUACAUCCUUCUCAAAAUGCAAAUGCUCAAACAGGACGAGUUCAUAUUCGAAAUGGAAAUGGUAGUCAAAAGCAGAUUGAGAAUAGACCACCGAAUAAAAACCAAGACUAUGAUGAUAAUGAUGAUGAUGAAGAGGAAGAAGACGACGAGGAUUCUGAUGAAGAUUCAGAUAAAGAAGAUGAAGAUGAUGGUUACAAACAUGAUUUUCCAGAACCUCCUUACGAAUACACACAUUAUAAGUUCCCUGAAAUAGAAAAUCCAUUCGCUGAUCCCAAUUUUGAUUUUGACGCUUUUCUAGCUAAGCUAAGAGGUGAUCAUUAUGCGACGAUACACGAGGAAAAUGAAACACCAAAACCUAGUCCUAAACCUAAUCAAAAUGUUGCCGUUAAAAUUAUAAAUGCGCCCACAGAUAAUACAACACCGUUGACUCCACAUUCCGGUGUCCGAUCGUCAACUCUGAAUUACCAUGGAAUGAGUACUCCACGACCAUUUAGUGUUCCUACUGGCCCCGAAGGAGUAACAGUCCAAGAGCAAAAUGAUCAUAGCACUCAAUCAAACACUAAACAUUCACAGAAAUUCCAAAAAUUGAUUGAAUUACCCCAUCCAACCCAACAAAAUUAUGUUCAACACCAGCAUCAAACUUUUGAUGACAAUAUACAUAACAAGCCACAUAAUCCGGGCAUUCCGUUGGAAGCCAUUAUACCGAAACUUAAACCACCAAAUUUCAAAGACGAUAGACAACUUCCAAUUACGUAUAAUUUCCAGCAAUCAGUAAGUAGUACGUUCAAACCAAAUAGCGACAAGCAAAAAGGAGAAACUAGACAGAUGUUCACGAUCACACAGAAACCUUACAUAUUUAUCACUAGUACUGGAUCCCCAAUUGCUAUAUCGUCUCCAAAACAACAGUUCAUGGUAAAUCCCGAAAAAUUUCUAAGUUUACAUCCGCACUUAAUCUCUUCAGGAAAACCAUACUUAUUUUCAACGGUAAAACCUCAUAAUGCCUUGUUGGCAUUCAAACAAUCAACAACUAAGCCAUUGACAACACUGGCUAACGAACAAUUAGCUGCACUCCAAUAUUAUUGGAAAAAUCCAACAACAGAAUUUUACAUUAAUUCUUCUCCUAGACCUCAAACCGUUUCCGAACUUCCUAAAUUAGAAAAUUUAUUCGCGCAAGCGAUAAAAUCAGCGGCGAAAAUACCGACACGUAAUCAAAAUUAUCCAAGUCCUGUCAAAGAUUUCGUUACUACUACAACAAAACCAACCACUAAACGUAGGCCUAUUCCUAAGCCUUCGCCAGAAAUGAAUGACUAUUAUUACGAUGACGAAGACGAACAAUAUUACUAUGAACCGCCAGUAAAAUCUAAAUAUAUGCCUAGUACAGAAAUAAAGCCCCAACGUCCUCCUAUGGCUCAAAAUUAUCAAGAAUAUGAAGACUAUGAAGAUUCUGAAGAAAGCCCCGAAAAUAACAAGCCUCUACGUACUUCAUAUGGACGGCCAGCAAAAUAUAACUCUCAAAAACCCGACACAGCUACUAAAAACCACAAUGAUGUAUCUGUAGUAACUAAAUCGCCUUUAAAAGAUAAUAAAUAUUUUAAUGGAAAAAUUCCUGUACCAGUCAUGAUAGGCUACAAUACUCCAGCCCCAAACGUUUUACUCCGCCCAGACAUUUCUAAUUAUCAACUAAUUCACCCGUCUCGGAAUCGUACUAUUCAUUUUAGAAAACCAAUGUAUUCUGAUAGCAGCCCAUACACAGCAAAACCCCCUAAAUACCUUAAUCAGACAACCCUAAGACCAUAUACAGUUAGGCAUAGACUCGCUAAGCCGACAACUGUAAAAGACCUUACGACCACUGAGGAAAAACAAAUUAGAGGAAGGAUAAGACAUCAUAAUCUAGUCGCAAUGAAACUGACUACACCUCGUGACAACCACAACCAGGAGACUCGUUUCACAAAGACUAAACACGAUGAUAAGACCAACAGCCUGGAGCCGACUGCAGUGACACCGUCCUCAUUUUCGGCAAGUCCUCGCCCAAAAAUGCUAUACAACGGAUCUCAGAGCUACAAUCCUGAUCAGUACGACCCAGUUUACGCUGUGUAUGACGAAGAUGGUGAACUUUAUAAGGAUUCAGACUAUGUGCAGCAAUAUAACACGGCCUCGCUCCGCCCUGCAGUCCAGCAAACCUACCGGGGUACGCCUCCGCCGAGACGACCGGCCGUCCAGAAUUACACUCCGAGGCCUUUGCAGGAAGACUACGAUGAUGCUCUCAUUCAUGGACAGAUAAACAAUCAGAAUCAGUACCAGGCACCCAUUCGUCACUCGACUAGGGGCGAUGGUAACGAAUUGGGCUAUGACCAUAAUCCGAGCAGCGCGAAGACAACUAUAUACGAAGCUACUUCUAUAAGCACCACUCCUUCUACAACCAGCACUAGCACCACACAACGCCCGACUACUGCACCUUUCACCGAAGCUAUGAUCCCGUCUCGAUACACUCCAAGAUCAUCCACAGUUGAAAACCCUAUUCGGCUUCCUUCUUCCUCUUCAAGCGAAACCCGCUCCGACGGGUCCGCUCCUCCAAUCCUAACUUCACCCUCACCAUUGAUAAACUUCUCCUCUUUAGCUAAACCCUUUGAAAAGACAGACAACUCGUAUAGGUUACAUGAGACUUUAACAUCGACUGAAAAAAUACCUAACUUUAGACUUCCUUUCCGUGUGACUAACAAUACCGAUAAUGAAGCAUUAGUUGGUGAGGUUUCCUCUAAUCAGGAAAAUGAAAAGAAGGUUGUGUCACUAACAACUGGUUUUUCCAUUAGGAGGAACCCAAAUAAUACGCAUAAUCCAUACACGCUGACGGUUAUUACGCGACCAUUUGAUAAAUAUAAUAAUGCUCAACAUCAGGAUGCUACGAAAUUCAGCGAAAAGCCGGUAAACACUUUUUCUAAUGAAGAUAUAAGUGAUCGAGAGACAUCAAUACAGUCCCAAGAAGAUACAAUAAUCAAUUCUGAUCUUUCUUCUGAGAACUCACUGCGUCGUAAAGAUAGCAAUUCGGAAUUUGUACGUGAAGAAGAGGACCAACCCAUUUAUGUCAGACCCGUCAAACCAAAACUGGUUGUAAAACAAAUAAAACCGAGGAUCAAAUUAACUCCUACAACAUCUCCUUCUACUACUAAGUACUAUCUCAAAACAGUCAUAAAACGGCCGGCACCGUUUGGAGCAAACCAAGAGUCAAAAGAAGAUUCCACAGAGAAUAUCAUUAACACAGACGUUUUAAUUGAAACAGGUCUACAAAAUGCCAGAACCAGUAGUAAUAUAAACUUUGCAGUAAAUGACACAGUCAUUAGCAAUUCCCCUAAAUGGAACCAAUAUAGUUCUUCUGAGGAAGUAUUUGAUAAACCUACUGUAUCACCUUAUCGGGCAUUAGAUAAUUUACGGAGUGUUUAUGAUAAAAAAGAAGUAUUGCAGGAUUACACUACCAGUACGACAUCCACUACUCUGUAUACAACUCCCGCGCCCAAGAAUUUUAUAGAUAGAAGUGUAGGCACCGAAGAAAAAACUCCUAAGUCUUAUUAUAGUUACCGCAUAGUGGAUGAAGAAAUACCAGAUCAUACCACUGAAGUUCUAAGUGGUACGGUAAAAAAUAUUAUUAAAGCUUUUCUGAACAAUAUUGCCAGCCCUGCUCCUAGACCUAGACCAGUAUUAGGUUUUACAAGCACAACUCCUUUCAUUUCAACUACAAGACAACCUGAAGAAAAAGUUGUUAAUAUUGGUUUCCAAAAGAAGACCCCGAUGUAUGCCGAUGAAAAACCUUUGCGAAAUAAUGUUAAGAGGUUACAGAUAAUAACAGAAUCUCCUCCUCCCAAAUUUGUUUCUCCGAGGAUUGACACUUCGUAUUCUGAAAGAGAUAAUGACAAUCACCAAGAUUUUACGUCGAUAACAAAUACUACUACAACUACAAUAAAUACUCCUCUUGUUUAUCAAAAUCCUGUACCAACGCCCUACAGUGAACAAAGUUCUAUUAACACCGAUUUACAUAAAGCACCAGCUAAACUCCCGCGACAAUCAAAAUUUAAUAUAUUUAUUAUAAAUAGACCUGAACAAUCUGAAGAUAGUUACAAAUCAUUAGAAAAUUCACAAAAAUUCCAAAACUUACUUACCGACAAGCCAUCGACUGUGCAAAGUUUGUAUGACAGCGUAUCUUAUAACAACGACGACAACGAAGUGACCAGACCGACUAAGCCUAUCCCUGAGAUUUCUAUAACACCGACUGAGAUUGAAUGGAACCGACCUACUAACAAAAUCCCAGAAAUUGCGACAACAACAAGCACGACUAAGUCAACGACUGUGAGGGUUCCACUUACAUCGACAACUAAAAGUUUAUCCUUCCCCACGCGAGCAUCGCGAGUCAAUCCCGCCAUAAAGUUAGCUGCGACAAACCCAGGAGGUGGGCGCAGGAGUUACCAAUCGUCGUCCAAAUGCUCAUCAGAUAACAGUCUGCAAGCGAACCCAAAAUGCAACGAAAUCAAAUACCAGAGGCCCACCAGUAAUCGUGGACGCGGUUCAGCUCAUUACUCCACCCUGAUUGGUUCGGAUUCUCCUCAGCAGCAAACUUCUCACAGAGGAACGCCACCAACCCGCAGUCGUCCAACGUUAAAGCCGUCGACCUCAGUUGUUACAAAUAAUAAUCCGAUAAUUGACAUCUACGCCAAUCCUCCAAGAAGACCUGCACCAGUGUAUCCUCAGCCAACGCCCGAUAAGACUGCAGCUAAAUGCCGAAAGGACGUCUGCUUGUUACCUGAUUGCUUCUGUGGUGGAAAGGACAUUCCUGGUGACUUACCGGUGGAAAGCGUACCACAAAUAGUUCUUCUGACAUUCGAUGAUUCCGUUAACGACUUAAAUAAGGGUCUAUAUGCUGACCUAUUUGAGAAGGACCGUGUGAACCCCAACGGCUGUCCAAUUGCGGCCACGUUUUACGUAUCCCACGAAUGGACAGAUUACAGCCAAGUACAGAACCUUUACGCAAGUGGACACGAGAUGGCCUCACACACAAUUUCCCAUAGUUUUGGAGAACAAUUCUCCCAAAAGAAAUGGAAUAGAGAAGUGGGUGGUCAAAGAGAAAUUCUGUCUGCAUAUGGUGGUGUUAAACUUGAGGACGUCAGAGGUAUGAGAGCGCCUUUCCUCUCUGUUGGUGGAAACAAAAUGUUCAAGAUGUUGCACGAUUCGAACUUCACUUAUGAUUCCUCAUUGCCCGUUUACGAGAACAGACCACCGAGUUGGCCUUACACUCUUGAUUACAAAUUGUUCCACGACUGCAUGAUACCUCCUUGCCCAACGAAAUCUUAUCCAGGUGUAUGGGAAGUUCCUAUGGUGAUGUGGCAAGAUUUAAAUGGAGGCAGAUGUUCUAUGGGUGACGCUUGUGCUAACCCUCCAGAUGCAGAAGGCGUUUACAAAAUGAUAUUAAAGAACUUCGACAGACAUUACACCACUAACAGGGCACCUUUCGGUCUUUAUUAUCACGCCGCCUGGUUUACUCAGCCGCAUCACAAGGAAGGUUUCAUAAUGUUCCUGGACUUCAUUAACCAGAUGCCUGAUGUGUGGAUCGUCACUAACUGGCAAGCUUUGCAGUGGGUGCGAGACCCGACACCCAUUUCUAGACUUAACAACUUCCAGCCAUUCCAGUGCAAUUAUCAGGACCGACCAAGGAAAUGUAACAACCCUAAAGUUUGCAACCUAUGGCACAAGUCCGGCGUUCGAUAUAUGAGAACAUGUCAGCCCUGCCCGGAUGUUUACCCAUGGACCGGCAAAACUGGCAUCAGAUCCUCGCGAAUUGACAACGAAAUCGAAGAAUAAAUGAAUUCAAUUUAGUCUUAGAAAUAGUAAAACUUGAAAUUACACCCAACACCGAAAUUGAUGAAAUAAUAGGUAUUACAAGCCAAUGAGGCAAAAUACUUUAUAGUAUUGUUUUGUCACCAACUAAAGAGUGCCAUUUAGAUUUUGAUGGUCACAAAGCAGUCUUUUGAAUUACCUGAGGAAACAAUUGGAUUUUCCGUUAGUAUAAUGAAUUUGUUCUUCAUAUAAGCGAGUUGUCAUGAUAAUUGUAUUGGAAACUGUGAUAUUAAGUGUUUUCAAUCAUCUAGGUGGAGCGAAUCAAUCUUUUAACGAAUAGCAGACCAGAUAAAAUUUGUAUGUCGCAUGAUUUCAUACAAUUGAAUUUUGCAAUGUUAUUCCUAUUUUGUGUUAAUAUAUUAUUUUUUACAAUACUCUUUCACGAAUGAUGAAAAACAAGAAGGUACACUUUAAGUGUACCUUAAUAAAGAAAAAAAUUCAGUAUUUUAAAACAUGCAGUAUCAACUAUUAUGUUAGGACCUCACCUUGAUUACCAUUUUCGAUUAUUUUAUACGAAAGCCAUAUUAAAAUUUAGAAAAUACGUUUUUCUAAUCUUGCCAGCUUCGUGGUUGACACUGCCUUUUAUAUGAAUUGUAAAUAUAGGAUUAGUAUAAUUGUAGUGCUUGUUUAGAAUAACAUUAAUUACGUUCUUGUAUCAGCUGAUUUUGGUACAGACAAAUUCUUUUUCGGUAAAAUCAUGUGUGAAAAUUUCUGUUGGAAAUUCGAAAUUUCCGGCUUUGCAUAGACGUCUGACAACAUCGCUAAAGUGAUGUAGCACAUGUCUAUGCGAUUGCUAUGAUCAUAUUGAUAGUUUGCGGACGUAUCUAUUUUAGCUAAAUAUGUUUACGAAUCUCUGAUUUGAGUCAUGUUGGAAGAUUUUUUCUUUAACUUUCAUAUUUGACUUUUUAAUUUCAUCGAUAUUUACAUGGAAGAUGACUCAAGCAGCAGAUUUCUUUUGAUAUUUUUUUACUCAGUUACUUUUUAAAGGCUUUAGUUUGCUAUUGCGACUGAAGUUAUUGGAAGCGCUUGCUACGAAUCUAUUUAAAUUUACUAUUUAGAUGAUAAUAACUCCUACUAUUGUAAAUAUAGGUAUAGUAUUUAAAAUCGGUAGUUUCACUUUUUUAUUCCUGAUGUUACUUACUCGUAUGGUUUCAAUUCACU